UUCAGUUCGAGCUUCCACUGCCAAGCAGCGAGCUCUGCACUUGCAACAAUGGCGGAAGCAAAACCAGAGGAAUCCACCUCUGCUCUACAGGAUCUUCUCUCGAGAUCCUUCCUUUUUGUCUCCGCUUUCUUCUCCCACCCUCUUUUCUCCAUCCUCGCCGCAGCCUCGCUCCUGGUCGCUCUCUACAUUCCCCGAUCGCUUCUAACCUUGCUCCUCUCCCCCGUUUUCAUCUCCACAUUCCUCCUCCUCGUUGCUCUUCUCUGCUUCGGCUCCUCGCCUCCGGCCGCCGCCGCCGCCGCCGCGGCGGAGGAGAAGGAGCUUCCGGAAUCGUGCCCCGAGACUGACAUGGAGUGUGCCAGCUACCAUCGAAAGGGGACAUUUUUCGACGACCUCGGCCGCCGUAGCGGCCCGCUCGAGGUCAUAUACGAGGAGGAGGAGGGCGAGUGCGGGGGCGUAGGGUUCCAGGAGUACCUGAGAUGGCCGCAAAAUUCCGACUUGGGAAGCUGGGGAUUGGGAUCACUCCGCUUCGCCGGCCUUGAUUCCGACUCGGAUAGUGAUGCAGGAUCCCCCAUUGAGGCGGCGGAGGGGUCGAGCUCGCCGGAAGAGCUGUGCCUCCGGUGGGAAGAAGAAGACCAGGAGGAGGAUGGUGACGACAUGAUAGAAAUCGACCUCAAGGGCGAAGCAGAGGAGAACCUUAUCGAGAUAGAUAUCUUCGGUUGCCGGUGACUGUCGCCGCCGGUGAACACUUUUGGUUCUUUUUAUUUUUAGGGUGUGCGUGGUGUCUUAUUGAAAUAAUAGGGAAGAAAGAAGAGUUAUUUGAAAAACAAUAUUUAUAUUUUGUUUUUUUUUGU